AGCCGCCGAUGCGGGACGGCGGCGGGCGGGAUGGCGGUGGUGCCCCUGCGGCCCGGCAGAGCCGCCGGCCGCCUCCUGCCGCUGCUGUGCGGGGGGGUGAGGAGCAAAGGAGCCUCCCUGAGCCCCGCGGUGCCGGGCCGCCUCACCCAGCGGCGCUACAAGAAGGACGUGCUGCCCUCCCCCGAGGGGCCCGUGCCCGCCGUCUCCAUCACCGAGAUCCGGCAGUACCUGCGGGCCCAGGGCAUCCCCUUCCAUGACGGCUACAGCUGCCUGCACACCCCCAGCCUCUUCACCGACGGCCGGGAGGACCAGCUGCCGCCGCCGGCCGCCAGCGCCCCAUACACGCUUUUCAUCGACAAGACCACGGGCAGCUUCCUGUGCACGGCCACCUUGGCCGAGGGCACCUGGCAGGACUUCCAGGCCAACGUGGAGCUGCGGCACCGCGGCGUUCCCGCCACCAGCUCGGAGGAGCCGGAGGAGGAGGCGCGGCGGGCUCGCGAGGACGCCCGCUGCAUCUGGGACCGGGCGCUGCCGCUCUGGGAGCUGCUGGAUGAGGACGAGACCAACAAGACCAAGGAUAUGUUCGGGAUCUCCCUGGUGACGGAUGCCACCCUGAAACGCUUCGGGGUGCGUUACCUGAGGACGGCCAAGUCCCUUGUCUUCCCCUGGUUCAGCCCCCGUGACGCGACCCUGAAGGGCCUGAAGCUCGUGAGGGUGGAGAGGAAAGGAGGUGCGAUAACUUAUGUGGAAGAGACUUUACCCCGCUUUGAUUCCUACCGCAAUCUCUUUGGGCUGCCCCUGAUCGGCCGCCGAGACACAGAGCUGGUCCUAACCGGGUGGGAGCUGGACGCCCUGGCCCUGUACCAAGCCACAGGGGUGGCCAGCCUGGCCCUGCCGCGGGGGGCCACCUGCCUGCCCCCUGUCCUCCUCCCCUACCUGGAGCAGUUCAAGCGCAUCACGCUGUGGCUGGGCGAGGACCUGCGCUCCUGGGAAGCCGCCAAGCUCUUUGCCCGCAAGCUGAGCCUCAAGCGCUGCUCCCUGGUGCGCCCCGGUGACCUGCAGCCCCGGCCCUUGGAGGCUCUGAACCAGGGCCUGAACCUCACCAAGAUCCUGCGUGCCGCCCUGCCCGCCAGCCACAAAUCCAUCGUCUCCUUCCGGCAGCUGCGCGAGGAGGUGUUCGGGGAGCUGGUCAACACCGAGCAGGUGGCCGGCAUCAAGUGGGCGCGCUUCCCUGAGCUCAACAAGCUCCUCAAAGGGCACCGCAGAGGGGAGCUCACUAUCUUCACAGGCCCGACGGGCAGUGGGAAGACGACUUUUAUCAGUGAGUACGCGCUGGACCUGUGCAUGCAGGGGGUGUGCACACUCUGGGGCAGCUUCGAGAUCAACAACAUCCGCCUGGCCAAGAUCAUGCUGACGCAGUUUGCUGCCCAGCGCCUGGAGGACCAGCUGGAUCUGUAUGACGAGUGGGCUGAUCGCUUCGAGGACCUCCCGCUCUACUUCAUGACCUUCCAUGGCCAGCAGAACAUCAAGACGGUGAUUGACACCAUGCAGCACGCCGUCUACAUGUACGACAUCACCCACGUGGUCGUCGACAAUCUCCAGUUCAUGAUGGGACACGAGCACCUCUCUGUGGACAGGCUCGCUGCCCAGGAUUACAUCGUUGGUGCCUUCCGCAAGUUUGCCACGGACAACACCUGCCACAUCACGCUGGUCAUCCAUCCCCGCAAGGAAGAUGACGAGAAGGAACUGCAGACGGCCUCCAUCUUCGGCUCUGCCAAGGCCAGCCAGGAAGCGGAUAAUGUCCUCAUCCUGCAGGACCGUAAGCUGAUGACGGGGCCAGGGAAGCGCUACCUGCAGGUGUCCAAGAACCGCUUUGAUGGGGAUGUGGGUGUUUUCCCCCUGGAGUUCAGCAAGGCCUCGCUCACCUUCUCGUCAACUGGCAAAAACAAGGUCAAGCUGAAGAAGAUGAAGGAGGAGAAGGCACUUUUAGCCAAGAAAGCUCCAGAGGGAGGCUUGGGAACCACCAAGAAAGCUCCAGAGGGAGGAUUGGGAACCACCAAGAAAGCUCCAGAGGGAGGCUUGGGAACCACCAAGAAAGUUCCAGAGGGAGGCUCAGGAGCUUCCAAGAAGCCGUGAGCCCGGCAGAUCUCUUCCUCAGAUCCUUCUCCUCUCCCAUCAGGAGGGACGGGGACUGGUGCUGGGAGCAGGGGACUGGGAUAUACCAGUCCCUCUCCCCCGGGAGCAGCAGCCACAUGCUGCUGUGGCCCUUUCUUCUGCUGCACGAACAAGCCUCUUGGUCGCCAGGAUGGUGUCUCUGAGAUGUGGGGCCACUGUGAGGGGAGGAAUGGGCUUGUCCCAGAGAAGAGUGACCAGGGGAGGGUGCUUUGACAAACACUGGCUGCUCCGUACUGGUGCUGAGUGCUGGGAGCAGAGUCAGUGUGUGCUGGGUGAUGGGGGGCAGUGACCUGCAGUCCCAGGGCUUGGGGAUCUCUGGACCUGUGGCAGGUUGUUAAAUGGUGGCUAAAAUGGAGCUGGAAUCCUGGGCUGUCACUGGUGGGAGGGACUGUGCUGGUGGGGGACUGUGAAGAGGGACACAUGGCGUGAGCCCACCCAUCACGGGUCAGGGUCUCUGGGCUUGAUCCUGAAUGGAAUGGAGGGAAAUGUGGGAGAUUGUGGGUGGCUUUUGCCCCUCCGGAGCUGUGGGCUCUCCGUGGGAUGUGGUGGGAGGGUGGGAGCUGGACGCCCGUGGCAUCACUGCUCACGGCGGGCUGAAGGCAGCGUUGGCUUGCAGGUGCGACACGGGGCACACCAGCUCUGCCUGCUCGGCUAAUGCCUGACCCAGCCCCCUUUGCUCAGGGUCUCCCCCAACCCCUUUUUCCCGGGGGUUAUCACCAGCAGUAAAACCUUGGGGGGAGCAGCCCUGCCUUGCUCUGCUGGCCGGGAGGAGGGCAGCCACCCCCGUGCCCUCUGGGCUGCAGGCAGCAAAUACUGUGACCUGGCCAGUCCUCGCCAUGGUAGGACAAGUCCACGGCUGGAUCUUGGUCUAAUCCCUUUGUUUUUUUUUUUCCUUCCUAGUUUUAUUAAAGCAUAAAUGUGA